GAGGACUUGUGUCAACACCCAUAGCUAACUCGUCUAAAAGCCUACUCGAUGCCUGCAAACUACUGAUUAUAUUUUGGAGAACAAUUUAAAUUUUUCAAUUGAUAGAUGUCAAAUAAAUAAUGUACAUACGGGCCCCUAAAACGGCCUUUCUCGAGAAAAUAGCCCAAUGAAGCAACAGGUGGUGCGAAGACGAGCAGUGCUUAAUAUGGAUUCUUUGCCAUUUAUCAGACAGAACGAAAUGGCUGCAUUUGAGCCUGACGUUUGACUUUAUAUUCUAUCUACGGUUGUCAAAUGAAGAGCACGCUUCAGUGGUCUCUGUGCUCUGCACUCCCUGCACAUUUAUGGACAGGGAUAUAGCGAUUGGAUACUGAAAUAUGGCGUCCGUUAUUAUGAAGCCCCUGUCUCCCUGAAAGAUGUUUUCGCGAUUUAAACCUAAUCAGCAAUUUCUGCCCCUGUUGACUAGAUGGGCAGGGUGAAGGAUGGUAUCACAGUACAUCCGCCGAAUCGCCAUUUCGGAUCACAAUUCUGAGGCAUCGACUAUGGAAAGAUCAGCUGGUAUACUCAUUCCACAAAAAAACGGGCAGUUGGAAAAGUUCGGACAUUAGCAUAGUAAUAUCUUGUAUUUUAUUCUAGAGGUGGGUUUUAACAUUAGGAAUAGACUGAUUGGACGUGUUGCCCUUUACGCUCACGCUGUUUCCGGUUUCUUUCUGCGCGCAGGCCCAGCGACCUCACUGAUAUUUUAUUUACUCCUGAAAUCCAAGAUGGCUGUCCUGAAUGCCUCGGUCCCCUAGCAAUUGAGGAUGCGAGUAGCUACUGAAAAAACAACUUUUCCCCGACCAUCUCUUCCCCUGGAACUCCAUUCGUAAGGUGCGGAGGAUACCUUUGCAUCUUACCAGCCUCUAAAUAUCCUUUCCAUCCAGGUUCAAUCCCUCUAAUUCGCCUAUUUAAAGUAGUUUCGCGAAGUAACCCUCUGUCGCUGUCUGUCCUGAGCGAGGUUGAGACAGCCUGCACAUCCAAAUGGCCGAACCGAGAAAAGUACAAUUUGUCACCCUGUCGGCCUUUGCCGCUGGUCCAGCCACUGAACCUAGGAAACGCCGGUUGGACGACGAGGCCGAUAAAAACUUUGAUGGAGAUGGAGGGAUUGGCACAUCCACGACUGGGGCAAUAGGAGAUGGUGGAUUGUUCGGCAAAACUGGCGACAGAGACAGCGUUGAGCCCAAGAGGGUAACCGUGCGAUUAAACCUUUCUCUCACCGAGCCCAACGACCAGUCGUCGGCCGAGUUCAAUUACAGCGAACUCAUUCAAUCCCUUCAGAAGAAGCCACAGAAACCUAAACCCACACCCACACCCGCACCCACACCCGCCCUUGACCCAAAUGACCCCUUCAAUGAUGACGAGAAGGAUCGCCAGCAGGUGGAGGCUUUGGCUAAAAAGUUUGAGAAUAAAUAUGGCAAUAGUGGUAAAAAGAAAAGGAAGGAUCGCAUGCAAGACCUGAUAGACAUUGGGUUUGGAUAUGACGAGAGUGACCCUUUCAUUGAUAACUCGGAGGCAUAUGAUGAGCUGGUGCCAGCGUCGUUAUCCACCAAGCUCGGUGGCUUCUACAUCAACACGGGCACGCUGCAGUUUCGCGCCGCCUCCGAGUCAGAGGGCGAGGACGGGGGCAAAGUUGGCACAGCAGUGGAUGGUGGAGUACAGAUGAUCAAGAAGCGAAAGAGGAAAGAGGGAACCCUUUUGGAGGAGAAGAAACCCAGAAAGAACCGAGUGCCUAAACAAGGUACUGCCUUGACCCUCCACCGGCCGGAGAAGAAGAAGAGGAAGAAGCUGAUGAAGGACUCUCUGUACCUGGCCGCCAUGCUGCGGCGCUUCACUCGGGAGAAGGAGGAGUUGCGCAACCCGAACCAGACCGCCACGCCACACCUGGUCCUGGCCAACGCCGCCCACGCCAACCACAUGCUCCACAACUCCAGCCUGCCCGGCAACAGUUCGGCUACCGCCGGCACCAACGACGUCUCCCUCGCCGACUUGACCGCCGACCCGGCCAUGAUGUCGCUGCUGAACUCGGCCAACGAGAGCGAGCUGCAGGAUCUCCUUGGCGACCUGGACUUCAGCCUGCUGGACCCGCCCACUAUGAUGGCCAGCCCCGGCAGGGAGAACGGGCUGAUGGGGGUGGGUGCUUCUCCGGGGCAGAAGGCAGGCGGGCAGGGGAGAGGGCAGGGGGGCCUGGGGGUCGGGGGAGGGCUCCUGUCCCCCCCUCCUCUGCCCGUCGGCCUGCCCGCCCCUCUCAUCAAACGCAUCGAGGACCUACGGGCGGCGUCACGGCAGUUUGACCAAGAGGGCAGAAAGAAGUUUUUUACCUUGGAUAUGAACAAUAUUUUGCUUGACAUUGAGCUGCAGGUCCAGGAGCAGCCGGCUGAGGCGCGCUCCGCCAUCUACUCCCACAUGGAGGCCUUCGUGCCCUGCAACAAGGAGGCCCUCCUCAAGCGCCUGAAGAAGCUCAGCCUUAACAUACAGGAUGACCGUCUGCGCACUCCGCUAUUGAAGCUGAAGCUGGCCGUCUGCAGUGUUAUGCCCGAACAGAUUGCAAGAUACAACAUGGACUGUGUGGCCAAGGCUGCUGCCAAGCAGCAAUCUGAAGAAGGAGAGAAGAAUGGCUCUGAGGAAGAGGAUGAGGAGAAGCCAGGGAAGAGGGUGAUGGGACCACGGAAGAAGUUCAUCUGGGACGACAAACUCAGGACUCUGCUGUGUAACCUCGUGCGGGUGAAGUUGAGCUGUUAUGAAGCAGAACCCCAGGGCUCCCCCUCCGUGGAGGAAUACCUCAAGGCCUUCAUGGAGAACGAGGUCAAACCCCUCUGGCCCAAGGGCUGGAUGCAGGCCAGGAUGCUCUUCAAAGAGAGCCGCAUUGUUCACGGCCACCUGACUGGACUGGGCAAGAAAAGAAUGGUCCCUGGUCCCAAAGCUAUUAAAGCCAAGGAGGGUGUGUGGAUCCCCCGGCCUGGUCUGGUGGGAGUCAGCCCCGCUCCCCCCGCCACUCCCGUCAUCCGCAGGCCCCCUACCUCGCCCUCGGAGCCCAUCUGCCUCUCUGAUUCGCUGGACGAAGACCUGGCCACCAACUCCCUGGACUCCAUCUCCCAGGCGCUGGCCCUCCUCAGUAACGCGGCCAAAGGCCUGACCCAGACCAACGGGCCUCCCACCUCCUCCCCGGUCAGCAUGGCCAGCUCCACCGCCGGCAUCCUCGUCGGCCACUAUGCUUCCCCCCUUUCACAUUCCGUGACGUCGAAACUGGACAGCCCCGUGAUGUCCCUGGCUAACAUGAGCACGCUAUCUACCUCUCCCUCUCUCUCUUCCUCUCCCUCGCUCUGCCGCCCGAUGACGAUUACCUCAUCCCCUUCCGCCGCUUCCCGUGCCGAGGCCUACGGAAUGCUGAAAGACGCCGGACUCUUAUCGCAGGCCCAGAGACUCGCCAUGACGCCCACCCACAGGUCCGGGGCCGGGCUCAACUCGCCCUCUCCCCCAAAACCUCGCCCCCCGCCCACCGCCUCCCCCCUCCUGCCCCCUCAACAGAAGUCCUUCUGCCCCCCGGGGAUGAAGCCAGGCCAGGCCACGCCACCGUCCGGGAUGGCCAAGAGCUCCGCUAAUAAGCUAUCCGGCGGUAACGGGGGGAUGGGUGGAGGCUCUCCGCUGGCCCGAGUGAACUCUCACCCCUCUCAGCUCAACGCUAAGAGCCCCCAGCAGCCCCAGCGGCUGCCAGGCUCCCCCUCUCCCGUGCCUUCCUCCUCCCCCAUCAUCAUCUCCCACCCGCAGUCCAAAGCCCAGCACCAACACCCUCAGUCCAACUUCAUCACCCCCAUGCAGGCCACCCUCACCAAGUCCUCCCACAGCAGCAGUUCCCCCAUCAUCAAACUAACCCCUCGUCCUCCUGCCCCUACCCCACCUCCCUCCUCCUCCUCCUCCCCAUCCCCCUCUUCCUCCCCCUCCCUCCCCCUCUCCCGGCCUCAGAUGAUGGUGAACUCCCACCAGUACAGUGCCAAGGGCGCUGGUUUCCGACCCCCCUUCACCACACAGGGAGGCUCGUCCGUCAAACCCGGUCAGGGCAGUUAUAGUUACCCGGGCGGUCAGAAGCCCUCCGCACCUCUGGGUGGAGGGGGGGGAAACACUAACCCCGGCCCCAUAGGCACGCCCCCGUCAGUCAGCAGUCAUCAGGACAUCAUCUCCUCCCCGUCUGUGAUCUCUGUCAAUCACGGCCAGAGGCAGAGGGCGGUGGGAGGGGCCGGUCAGAGUGCCAAAGCCGUGACCAGUCGAGCGUCCGCCUCAACGAUGACCUCAACGAUGACCUCACAGUCAGUCAGCUCACAUCUGUCGCAGGUCUCUUCAGCAGCGGCCGCUAACCUCCUCAGCUCAGUGCCCUCUCUGCCCCUGGGCUUUGGCAUGCUGGGGGGUCUGGUGCCCGUCUCCCUGCCCUUCCAGUUCCCCCAGCUGCUCAACUUCGCCCCACCCACUGCCCCCGGCAGCAUGGGCUCCUCUCCCGGCGCCAACUCAGGAUACACCCUGGCACAGAAUCUGUUUAAGAGCCUCCAGUCAGGGUCUCAGGCUGCUCUACCUCCUCACUUGCAGCUUGCUUUCUCAGAUACAAACCAAAGCCAGGGUGGAGACAUGAAGAGGAAGACCCACUGACCACUGACCAGUCACGAGCCCCGCCCGACUGUGAACGCCACUCAAGUGACGUCGUCAGCUGCUGGGGGGAUUUCAGUACAGCUUUGAUUGACACAGCAGUGGAAGACUGCAAAAGGAGAAACCUUUUUUCUUAUUGAUGGACCUAACGCAUUAAUGACCUUCAUUCUAAUUAUUGUCAUUCUAUUUUUAAUUGAUUACUGUUUUGGAAUGUUAGGAAGGGUGACUGCGUUUUAUUUUAUUUUUAUUUUUUUUUGUCAACAUGUUUACAUGACAGACCUUUAUCACUGUGGAGAGAGAGGGGUGUGUAGGAGAAUAGAAGCUAUCUAAUU